AGCGACGAGAUAGAUAGCAGUGAUGAGGACGAUGAGGAAGGGGAUCAAGAGAGGCAGGAACAGAGCAGAGACAGCUCCUCCGCCAGCCGGAACGGGCGUGAUGCAGACACUGAUAGUGUGAGUACCAUGGUGGUCCAUGAUGUGGAGGAACUGGUGGGCAGUACGUCAGACAGUUCAUACGGUGAUGGAACCAUGAUUGUUCAGAGGACGCCGGAAGAAGAAAGAAAUCUUCUCCAUGCAGACAGCAAUGGGUACACCAAUUUACCAGAUGUGGUACAGCCAAGCCAUUCCCCCACUGAGCCAAAGGGUCAAAGUUCAUCUCCCAGCAAAGAGGGCAGUGGAACUGAUUAUCAGUCCCGUGGCCUGGUGAAAGCUCCUCCCAAAACCUCA